GCCGUGUGGGCACGGCGCUGAGGGUGUGCGUUUGGAGCGGUGCUUUGGGGGAUACGCAGAUAAAUGGAGCGUUCGGCGAGCGAUAAAGCGCCAACCAAACGCAAUUGUGCGCCUUAAUGCUCGUUGUUCUUGCAGGAUAUAUGAAGAGGGGAAGAAAGGCGUCCCCGAACGCCCGUGUCUCUUUGAGAACGAUGUAGAGAUCUAUUUCAUUGAUGGUAGCUGCAAAAGUCCCAUUGAAAGAUUUUGGAAUGGAAGCAGCACGCUGUACGUCCUGCAGCAAGCGGGCCGCAGUGAGGGCAGCGACCCAGCAGGAGAGCCAGGAGCAGAGGAUGCCCUUCACGCCUCUCAGCUCACACCCACAGGGGGCACCGGCCCGGCUGCGCUGCCUGUCCAGAGAGCAAAGCAGCUUAUUUCCUUGUAUACGAUGGCACAGAAUCCAAACAUGACCCAUCUGAAGAUCAGUGAACUAAUUGUGCUUCCACCCCUCUGGAUACGGUGUGAUGGCUCCGACCCUGAGCACACUUACUGGCUUGGAGCUGAGCCUCUCAAAGCUGGAAGCAAAAUCACAGGGAUCAGUUUUCAUAUGGUUAAGUGUGAUGGUCCCACAGCUGAUAAAACCUGUUUUGUGAACCUAGAAGAACUCAAAACGGCGCACAAAGUCAAACACCAUUCGUCUAUUGUGACAACAAAAGGAUUUGCUCAGUAUGAACUUAUCAGUGCUGCUGCAAUGGAUGACACAAUUCUAGGAUGUGAAAGCAAUAUUUCUAUCGAUAUUACAUGGCACACUGUGGAUAAGAUUCUGCAGGCACCGCCGCUUUGUUCAGCUGCCACACUGAAUAUUAUGUUGGAGUCUGGGGACCCCAGGAGUCCUGUGUAUCCCCUCUACAGAGAGCUGCAGUUUCUCCUUGCUUUGGCUGAAGGCUUGAAGACAGGUGUGACAGAAUGGCCUGAGCCCUUAGAGGCCCAACCAGCUUUUGAACUGGUCCAGGAAUUUCUGCUAGAUUUGAAGAAGAAACUGGAUGGGUGUUGUGUGUCAGGAAAUAAGAAUGAAACAGAGAGUAUCAAAAGUGACACUGCUGCAGUGGACAGUUCAAUAAAAUCAAUCUUCAGUGAACGAGGAGACCUGGAUUUUGCUGAACAAUUAUGGUGCAAAAUGAGAAGUGUCUGUUCCUAUCAGGAGUUGGUAGAGUGUCUCACACUGGUCAUAAAAUUCCUGGAGCACGGUGAAAUACAGCCUUGGAUUCAUCAAGGGAGUAGCAGUUUGCUCAGUAAACUGAUCCAGCAGUCUUACCACGGCAAGGUGGAGGCCGUGUCCCUCAGUGGCAUCACUCCAAUUCAGAUGCUCUUGGAGAUUGGUUUGGAUAAGAUGAAGAAGGAUUAUGUCAGCUUUUUCAUAGGCCAGGAACUCACAACGUUAAUCUAUUUGGAUUACUUUGUUUCCACAUCGGUAGAUCUACAAGAGCAAGUUCAUCGUCUUCAAAAGCUUCAUCAUAUGUUGGAAAUAAUGGUCAGCUGUACAGUCUUACUUCAGUUUAAACAUGAGAACCUCUUCCCUUUGACACAAACUUGCCUGAAAUAUUAUAAAGAAAACCCUCUGAAUGAGAAGCAAGUGUUUCAGCUGCCAAUCAGACCAGCCCUUGUCAAGAAGUUCUAUCAGAAUGAUCACCCAGAAAUGUGGAAGGUGGACAUAACUAGUGGGCAUGGCCAAAAGGAGGUUAAAACAACAUGGCAAGUUAGUGCUAAUCCUCCUGUUGAACAUAUGAUAUCAAGCAACAUAGGUCUCUUUUGUGAUUCUACAGUUAAUGGAAGCAGUGAAGAAAGGAUGUAUUUUGUUGCAAAGGCUGAGUGCAGUCAGGUGCAUUUCACAUAAAUGCACAUUACUGUGCAGGCAGGCGCUUGAAAGGUACAGUAAGGGGGGAAGUGCAGCAUUGUCUGUAUCAGCAGCUGUUGGAAAGAUUCUGGCAUUUGGAGAACGAUUCAUCUUACUGAGUUCUUGGCUUUACUAUGCUCAUACAGUGUGACAUGCAGCCCUCAUUCAUCUGUACCAAUCCAGUUUGUUUAUAAAUGUGCAAUUGUGAAUGUACAGAAUAAUUGUUUUGGUAAAAUAGUAGAUAUUUUGGUACAUAAAUUUCCAAACAUUCAAUAAAGUUCUGCACUUUGGGGUUUAAAAUUU